CUGGAACUGUUUUGUCAGACAACUCUCUGAGGGCAUGGACCUGAUACUUAGCAGAAGUAAAAUGUUCUGACAAAGCGGGUACACGCUACACACAGUAAUUGUCGUGAUCCACUACCCUACAAAUCAAUGUCCAGUUGCCACGUAAAGUCAUGACGGGGAGGGCAGAGCUGGGCCCGCUCAACAUGGUUUUCAAGUCACUGCUGGUGACAAAUGUUUGUUGGAGUAUACUGUAGGAUUUCUCCAAACAUCUCAAGGCAAAAUGGAUUCACCUGGAUUGUCCAUUGGAUAUAUCUUCCUGAUGCUACCCAUGACAGUGUUUGGCUUGGACGUCAUGGAAUAUGACCAUCUUACAGUCAAUUGCUCGAAGGGCCUCUCUGGAUGUACCAUUAAGGAUGACUCGCCGGUUCCCCCUCUUUCUGCAACAGAGAAUGAUGCUGUGGAUGUCAGAAACUUGAUGUUACAGCCUUGGUUGUGCUGCAGAAACAGAACGCGAUGCUCACUCUGUUUGCAGAUACACACAGAGCUCUACGUCCAUCCUAAUAAUGACAUGGAGCAUGAAAGCUCUGGGCUUGAUGAGGAUGACGGUGAGGUGGCCAGGAGUCCUACAGCCGCAUCCGUGAGGAUCUGCUUCACAGGAAGUGUUUUGCCUGUAUGUAAAAGAGUGGAGUUCACUGUAGAUCUUGAAGGUCUAUCACAGCAAAAUACAACGCAGCUGUCCUUGGUGAUUACUGAGCCAGCUGGGGUUUCCUUUGGCAGCAGCGUGUCAGUGACUGUUCACCCUGCCAAACAACUACAACUACCUCAAGAACUUGUAAUGCCGUCCUUAGAUGAAGUGUGCACUCCACAGCUGCAGGAACGUAUAGAAGAGUGUGACAUUCCCACAGUCCACAGUAUAAUUGACCAGAAGAGGAAUGAAGUGGAGCUGCAGGUUGUUGGCAAGAAUAACAAGCUCCUCUCUCACGUCUGCCUCCAGUAUGAGGAGACAGGGAAAUGCCAGUUGUGGAACAACAGGACCAUCCCAUUGUAUUCUGUCACCUCCUGCCUGUGUCUUCAGGUAUGGUGGGACAAAAGUGACCAGAGGACUCGACGCUCCAAAAGCUGCCCAUUCAUGGGCCGCGCUGGUAUGUUCCAGAGGAACGUAUGGGACAAUGUGUCUGUGUCUGUGCUCCAGGCCCACAUGAGCAGUAACAUCCCGAUCCUGUCAUGGAACAUUUCUGCCCCCUGUAUGCUGGAGGCGGAAGUGUGGCCCUGUCACAGGACUGCAGGUGUCAAAGAGAAAGGCUGCAAGGAAAUGAAAGGCUUUAGACAGCAGCUGUUAAAUCGUGCCUGGAAGCAAAAUAAGAAGGGACACUGGGAGAAAACGGGGGUGUUUGAAGACAUCGACCUUCAGUUUUCACCGUGUGUAAUGGUCAAAGUGAAGGGGAUGCAAAAUGAGCUGGGUCCAUUCUGCUUCAUUGACAUACCCCUUCCAGCUGGCAGGUGGCGCCUUAGUCUCCUAUUUGUUGCUCUGGUGCUGCUGGUUUGUGUGACAGCGCUCAUACUCUGUCUCCUCCAAGAUGUAAUCAAAAGGUGGGCUUGGAGCUGGCGUCACAGUGGAUGUGCAAAGCUCGGCAGAACGGGCCAUGUGGUGCUGCUGAGCCCCCCAGAUGUGGAAGGAGGUGUUUCAGAGUUGGUGUGUAGGCUUGGCUCCCUGCUUCAUGAGCAGGGCUUCAGUGUGUCUGUGGACCAGUGGUGCCGGAUGGAGCAGAGCUCUCUGGGGCCCAUACCGUGGCUGCACUCCCAGCUGCUGAAACUGGAUAACCUGAGGGGUCAAGUCGUGCUCGUCCUCACCCGGCAGGCCUGGGAAGGAGCAGAGGAGUGGACCCAGCAGUACAAAGAGGCUCAGGGGAAACAGAAGGACAACCCUCAGGUUUUGUCUCCUUUCUCUGAUGUGUUCAUGGCCUCUCUGUGCACCAUCCAAGCAGACAAGCAGCUGGGCAGGGCAGGGGAACGGUUUCUCCUGGUGAACUUUGAGUCCCACCCGGCACAGCCUCCUGGUAGUGACCAGAGCCUGCCAGAGCUUCUUCAGGGGCUUUCCCUUUUCCACUUGCCCUCGCAGACCCAGGCACUCCUGUCUCAGCUGAAGAGAGGCAGGGCAUUUGACAAAAAGAGGUGGAUGCGACUGGAUGAACAGAAGACACCGCCCCAUAAAUAUUUUGGAGUGGAGAAAAACUGGGAGAUGAAGCUUUUAAAACAAGAACUAUGAAGAGCAUAUACUUAAAGCUGCUCAUUGUACAUAAAUGAUAUGUAAAAUAAGAGAGAAAGGAUGACAUACAAAUUAGUCUCACUGUGGUCAAUCCAUAAUGAAUUACAGACUGAUUAUAUCCAUGUAAGCCUGUCAAUUGUCUAUAAAUAAAGUAGCUUAUUUUUGUUCACGGCAUGUCUC